CUGCAAGAAGUGACCAGCUGCUCUCAUGCACAUGCACUCUGCUAUAGACAUGAUUUACACUCUGAUUCUCUGUGGGAUUUUACUUCACAUCUCAGAUGAAGCUGUAAUGCAUAAUAUCGCAGUGAAAUCUGGAUCGCCUGGAAAUAUUCCCUGUACAUAUGAUAAAAAACAUAAAAAAAACCGUAAAUACUGGUGUCAGGGGACAUAUUGGAGUUCGUGCAAAAUAUUGGGAUAUGCAAACGAGACAGGAGAAUAUUCCCUCACUGAUUAUCCAGCCCAGAGUAUUUUUACAGUGCAGUGGAAGAAUCUGCAGACCUCAGACUCUGGAUAUUACUGGUGUGCUGUUGAGAUCGGAGACUAUAACACUCUAGACGCCGGUUAUUAUUUGUAUCUGACGGUGCAGUCAGCUCCUGAUGUGUCUGUGGUGAGCAGCAGUGUCUCUGGACAUGAAGGUGGUGAUAUCAGUGUUCAGUGUCUCUACAGUUCUGGAUAUCAGAAUGAAGUCAAACAGUGGUGCAGAUAUAAAGAUCAGAGAUGUUACACAGUGGGGAGGACUGACACAUCCCAGAAUUCAUCAGUGCAGAUCAGAGAUGAUGAUGAGAGAAGAUCCUUCACUGUGCUGAUGACUGGACUGAGACGGACUGAUUCUGGCUGGUACUUCUGUUCUGUAGGAGAUCGGCAGGUUCCUGUUCAACUCACAGUUACUGAACCCAAAAGAGCAUUUACAACUAUUCCAGCAACUGCACCAUCUGACUCGGAGGCAGAGAUAUCUGUGAUAACUGAUUCAACACCUGAGACAGACAGAGCUGAAACCCAUCGAUCUCUAACAGCAGCCACAGACACUGUUAACACUGAAAUACACAGCAGCACAGAAGAGCAAAACAAGUCUGAUGUGGUUCUGGUCACGUGUUUGCUUUCCAUGUUUAUGCUGUUACUGAUUGUUGCUCUUGUUGCCAUAGUGACCUGGAGGCUGAGAAAGAAGCAGAAGAGAGGACAAAUGAGAGAAGCACAUUUCAACAGCACCAGAAAUAGAUCUUCUGCCUCAGUGGAUGAUAAUUCAGUGAUUUACAGUUCUGCGAUUACCUUUCAUAAAGCACCUUCAUCAUCAGUGAAUCCAGAAGCUGAUGUGAUCUACAGCUCUGUGAAAUAAACUCUCACCUGUGAGUUCUGAAUGAAGUUAUGAGAAAGUGCACUUUCUUGAAAGUCAAUAACUGUAAAUAAUUGUGAAGUUUCAGUGCUAAACAUAUGUAAUACUGUGAAAGCAAAAUGAAUUAUUCAAGGCCUAUUGUACAGUUUAGAAGUACAUUUCUGAAGUAGAUAUGCAUAUUACAUGACAGGUACAUUUCAGAAAUAAUUCAUGACCUAAUCAACACUUUAGAAAGAGUUGAAAUAUUCUGUAACAUUUCUUCUUGUGCUUUCUUUUAAGUCCACAUUAGGCCUACAUAAUUUUUGGGGUUACUUACAGUAAAUGCAGUUUUGUUAGUUGCAAUGAAAUAGUUUUUAAAAUAAGUAUAUUUUUAAUUUGACAUUUAAUUGUACUUUUAUUCGUUUCAAUUGCACAUUUAAAAGAAUUAUAAUAAUUGUCUGCAUAAAAUAGUUUAUAUACCUUGCUUGCACACUUUUUAAAAUAUCUUUUCUGUAUGUGUAGCGCCAUCUGCUGGAUAUUUUUAUCUCUACAU